UCGUCAGCAUACUAUAUAUAUGUUAUAUUUGAAUAUAUCCUCAAAAAAUUGAGUACACAGACACACAGUAAAAAGUCAUGUCUGGAAACAAAGUGUACGAUAUUUCUCCAGAAGAUCGUGAAGUUAAAGAAUGGAGGAAUGCCAGACGUUUAGAAUUAAGAAACGAAUAUUUAAGAGAGUUACAAGAUCCUCGACGAGUUGAGCCAAUUUUAGAUAGAGGAUGGCAAAGAUUUUAUGCUACAAGAGUACAACUAGAAUAUAUUUUUAAACCAACUCUCUAUAAUAGUUUGCUAAUGUAUGCUGUGGUAGGAGGUUUGAUAUGGGGUUCUGCAAUAGUUUUAAAAAAUUCUAGGGAAUCGAAGGAAAAGCUUUAUCGUACAGGUCAGAUAUCGUACCAGGAUAGAAUGUUUAAAUUCCAGUAAAGAAAAUGCCUUUUGUGGUAAUGCAGUUCAGUAGAACAAUAUUACAACAACAACAAAAAAUAAA